CGGCUCCCCAUUGGCCCGCCGCCGCACCACGUGGCUCUGGGCCUUGACGUCACGGCUGCGGGGCUAAGCGGAGUGAGCGCCGCCGCUGGAGGAAACAUCCUCCCCGGAGUUCGAAGUGCGAACAGCCGCCGGCGAACCCCUGCUCCCCGCGUGGCUCCUGCUACCUGUCGCCUCCCCUUCCCUCCGUUCACGUGAGAAGCUUCCCUGCAGGUAACCAGGAGGUAAUGGACCAUUAAAGCGACUCCUCACCGGUUCCCUUCACAGCAACUUCUGCGCGAGCAGUCAAAAGCACCGCUGCUGUCACACCUCAGUCACAUCCUCAACACAAGCAGCAACCAUGGGCAAACAGAACAGCAAGCUCCGGCCUGACGUCAUGCAGGACCUGAUGGACAACACGGACUUCACCGAGCACGAGAUCACAGAGUGGUACAAGGGCUUCUUGAGGGACUGCCCCAGUGGUGCGCUGUCCAUGGAGGAGUUCAAGAAGAUCUACGCCAACUUCUUCCCUUAUGGAGACGCCUCCAAGUUCGCUGAACAUGUCUUCCGCACGUUUGACGCCAACGGAGAUGGGACUAUAGACUUCAGGGAGUUCAUCAUCGCCCUGAGUGUGACCUCACGUGGUCGACUGGACCAGAAGUUGAAGUGGGCAUUCAGCAUGUAUGACCUGGAUGGGAACGGAUACAUUAGCAAGGCAGAGAUGCUGGAGAUUGUAACGGCCAUUUACAAGAUGGUCUCUGCUGUGAUGAAGAUGCCUGAGGACGAGUCCACACCUGAGAAACGCACAGAUAAGAUCUUCAGGCAGAUGGACACAAAUCGAGAUGGUAAACUGUCUCUUGAGGAGUUUGUGGAGGGAGCGAAGAACGACCCCUCCAUUGUGCGACUGCUUCAGUGUGAUCCCAGCAGUGCUGGGCAGUAGACAACUGGACAUUUACCAUCCCAUUUUUUA